CACAUUUCGAGCAGCUGUGAGCGCUGUCUGUCAGAGCGGUGUUUGCCUUAUGGCCGGCUCUGCUGAGCUGCUCCUCUCGCCGCCGCCGGAGGAGGCGCCGCUCUCGCUGCCCGCUGAACUGCGCCGCAGGCUCGACUGCCGACUCCUCCCUCUGCUCAGCGGCGGUUACCUGAUGUCGGUGAUAGAUCGCUCCAACCUGGCGUAUGCGGAGCUGCAAAUGCGGGACGAUCUCUCGCUCUCGCAGUCCUCCUUUGGCCUCGCGGCGGGCGUCUUCUUCCUGUCCUACUGUGCCGCGCAGGUCCCGACCUGCGCACUGGUCAGCAAACUGGGCGCGAGGCGCGUGCUCGCCGCGACGAUGCUUGCGUGGGGGCUCUGCUCCGCCGCCACUGCCCUUGUGCGGACGAGAGGGCAGCUGCUGCUGCUCCGCUUCCUGCUGGGCUUCCCGGAGGCGGGGUUCUACCCCGCCGCCAUCCUCACGCUCUCGCUCUGGCUCGGCACGUCCAUCGGCGCCAGCUCCUCGGGCGCGCUCCUCCAGUCGCUCGACGGCGCACUCGGCCUCGCCGGCUGGCGCUGGCUCUUCCUCGUGCAGGCGGCGCCCACGCUGCUUAUCGGCUUGCUCGUUCUUGGCCUGCUGCCAGACUCUCCGGCGGAGGCGCGCUGGCUGACCGGCGAGCAGAAGAAGACACUCGCUGCACUGCUCGCGUCGGACGGCUCC